GGGAGGGUGUGCGGAGCGGACCGUGUCGGGACAGUGAAGGACGAGCCGCGGCGGACCGGUCCGAGUGCGGCUCCUUCGACCAUGUGCACGGUCGCCGACUGUGGAGCCACUGCACAUCCAGGAAGCGGUCGAUGUUCGGUGGGCGAGAGCAGUGUUUGAACGCCCUGUCCCCGACGUAACCCGGUUUUGCGACACUGACGAUCGCCUUCAUUGAUACAUGAAUGAUUUCAUCGUUGACCCAAGCCACACUUUCAAACUCCUCUGUGGAAAGAAGCAUGUCAAGUCUAGGUAUCGCCACAAACUCCUCUGGGGCUGUUGUUCCCGAAUUAUCCAUCAGCAGGCUUUUCCCUGCUCUUUUGGAGUGUUUUGGCAUUAUACUUUGUGGAUAUGUUGCUGGAAGAAUGAACAUCAUUAAUUCUACAGAGACCAAAGGUUUGGGAAAUUUUGUGUCAAUGUUUGCACUUCCUGGCCUCCUUUUUCAGAAUAUGGUGGUUUUGGACUUUGCUCACAUAAACUGGAUUUUUGUGUGCAGUAUUCUUGUGGCUAAAGUUGCAGUCUUCAUAACUGUCUGCAUUCUGACUCUGCUGAUAGCAAGUCCAGAAAGCCGAUUUGGCAAAGCUGGGCUCUUCCCAAUCUUUGCUACACAGAGCAAUGACUUUGCUUUGGGAUAUCCUAUAGUUGAGGCUCUCUACAGAGAUACAUGCCCAGAAUACCUUCAGUAUAUAUACCUGCUCGCUCCUAUCUCACUGUUAUUGUUAAAUCCAAUUGGUUUCAUCUUCUGUGAAAUCCAGAAAUGGAGGGAAGAUUUGAACCUUCAACAAAGCAAACUGAAGACUAUUGCAAUGGUACUGUUUCAGGUUUUAAAAAACCCCAUUGUUUUUAUGGUCAUUGUUGGAAUUUGUGGGAACUUUAUCUUUGAACAAAAGAUUCCAGCGAUUAUUGGAGAAUUUCUGGAUGGUCUGGCCAGCUCCUUCAGUGGCUCAGCACUCUUUUACCUUGGACUGACAAUGGUUGGGCAGAUUACAAAGCUGAAAAAAACUUCAGUUCUUGCAAUUAUUCUUCUGAUUACAGCCAAAUUAUUGGUGCUUCCUCUCAUUAGCCGUGAAAUGGUGGAAUUGCUGAACAAUGGCAACACUGAUGCUAACUACACCAGCCUGUCGAACUUUGCCUUCUUAUAUGGAGUUUUCCCGACAGCGCCUAGUGUAGCUAUUUAUGCAAAUCAGUACAAUAUGGAAAUUGAAAUUGUGACUCCAGGGAUGGUGAUAAAUACAUUAGUGUCUGCUCCCAUCAUGUACGUUUUGGCUUGGCUUUUGACAGUUCCAUCCAUGCAAACAGAAGUUUUGCGGUCUGCAAUUCAGGAUGUCAGCUUUGACCUGAGUAUAGUCACCCUAUUUUUUCUGGUGUGGACUCUAGCUGUUUUGCUGCUAAAUAAGAAAUUUAAGCAGUUGCCUCAUUUAUUCUCUCUGAACUUGCUGAUUGCACAGUGUAUGGUCUGUAUAGGAAUGAUCCUGUGGUAUGUUAUCAUCAAGCAAAAUAGCCUCCUUGGUCAGGUUCUGGGAUUCGUUGUGCUGUAUAGUUCGUUGUAUAGUGCAUACAUAUGGACAGGUCUGAUUGCACUGUCAUUACUUCUGUUGGAGCAAAAUGUCUCUAAGCACAGAGGAUUCUUCAUUGUUGCCGGAUGGGGAAUACCAGCAUUCACUGUGGGACUCUUAUUGAUUACUGCUCAUCCAGAUAUGCAAUCAGUGGGUGAUUCGGCAUUCUUUUAUGGACACUAUCAGGUUAUUAGUACAAUGGUGGUCCUUUUGUGUAGCAUUAUUCUUGCAGGCUCGUCACUGAUGCUACUGAGUCGAAACAGACAGAAGAAUGCUUACCGGGUGCUGCAACGUAACUCUAUUUCCAGGAGUAUUAGUGAGGAUGGUGCAGCGAAUGAAAUCCAAGUAACAGCUAGCAAUGGAACAUCAAAUAUAGAAUUUGCAUCAGGAGAAGACAUUUGUGAAGAGCAAAUAGAAAAUCAAGGUGAAUUAUGUUAUGCCAACCAGGAGGUUCCGAAUGAUAGCAGAACCAUAAAUACGACGUUACUGGGUGGUAUGGUUAUUAAAAAACAAAAUAGGGAGCCUUGCAACCCUGAAAACACGUUGAUGCAAGAAACGGGGUGCUUACAGAAUGGAGAUCCACAGCUCGCCAGGCACGUGCUACUGUGUUUGCUUCUCAUUAUAGGCAUGUUUGCUAAUGUAUCUAGUUGUUUGUGGUUGUUAGUUAACCCCGAUCCAGGUCGCCUUUAUGUCGAACUGCAGUUUUUCUGCGUAAUCUUCAAUUUUGGACAGGGUUUUAUUUCAUUUGGCAUAUUUGGAUUAGACAAGCAUUCAGUCAUUCUUCCAUUUAAAAAAAGGCUUGAAAAUCUAUGGUAUGGAAAAGAUUUUGGAACACAAACUGAUAAUUCAGUAGCUGAGCACAUAAGGAUGACUUGCCAACAGUUUACUCAGUAUCAUCGUGAUCAGUGUGCCAAAGACAUCGUUGAAAAGAGGAGUUUGCCUGCAGUUGAGGAAAUGCAUGUGUAGUGAGGUGACUUGGGUGCCAACUAUGCUGUGGGUGGUGUUAAAUUUGAGUGUCGAUGAAGCUACAUUCAACCAGGCAAGUGAAGAAAAUUCCAUCUCCACUGCCAACUUGUGCCUCACAGAUGAAGGAAGGUGUGGAGUCUCUACAGUUUGAGUUGAGAAAUGACAAGGGUAAAGGGACCCUAAUGGCAGUUGUAUAUGGCAGCCAGGAGGAUGUGGAUUACAAAUUACAGCAGGAGAUAGAAAAGGCAUGUCAGAAGGACAAUGUCAUGAUAACAGUUGGGGAUUUUAACAUGAAAGUGGAUUGAGAAAAGCAGGUCAGUACUGGACCUCAAGAGAGAAUUUUUAGAAUAUCUGAGGGAUGGCUUUUCAGAACAGUUUGUUGUUGAGCCCACUAGGGGAUCAGCUGUGCUGGAUUGGGUGUUGGGCAAUGAUCUGGAGGUGAUAAAAGAGCUUAAGGUUAAGGAACCCUUAGGGAACAGUGAUCACAAUAUGAUUGAGUUCACUUUGAAAUUUGAGAAAGAGAAAUUAAUUCCAACGUGUUGGUAUUUCAACGGGAUAAGGAAAAUUACAGUGGCAUGACAGGGGAACUGGCCAAAGUUAAUUGGAAAGGAACACUAGCAGGAAGGAAAGCAGAGCAGCAGUGGCUGGAGUUUCUGCAAAAAAUGACGAAGUGCAAGACAGAUAUAUUCCAAAUAAGAAGAAAUUUUCGAAUGGAAUAAGGACACUACCAUGGCUGAAAAGUGAAGUCAGAGCCAAAAUAAAAGCAAAAGAGAGGGCAUACAAGGAAGCCAGAGCUAGUGGGAAGAUAGAAGAUUGGGAAGCUUUUAAAAACUUGCAGAAGGAAACUAAGAAGGUCAUUGGGAAGGAAAAAAUGAAUUAUUAAGCAAGCCUGCGACUAAUAUCAAGGAAGAUACUAAAAGCAUUUUUAAAUAUAUAAAGGGUAAAAGAGAGUGGAGGGUAGAUAUUGGACCAAUAGAAAAUGACGUUGGAGAUAUUGUAAUGAGAGACACAGAGAUGGCAGAGGAACUGAAUGUGUAUUUUGCAUCAGUCUUCACAGUGGAAGCCAUAUGCAGUAUACCGGACAUUCAAGAGUGUCAGGGAAGUGAAGUAUGUGCUGUGAAAACUAUAACUGAGAGGCUGCUCAGGAAGCUUAAUGAUCUGAGGGGGGAUAAAUCUCCUGGACCUGAUGGAAUGCACCCUGGGUUCUGAAGGAUGUAGCUGGAGAGACAGCAGAGGCAUUAACAUUAAUCUUUCAAGAAUCCAUAGAUUCUGGCAUUGUACUGGAUGACUGGAAAAUUGCAAAUAUUACUCCGCUAUUUAGGCAGGGUGGGAGGCAGCAGAAAGGAAACUAUAGACCUGUUAGCAGGGUAGACAAAGGAGAUGCAGUAGAUGUGGUGCACUUGGAUUUUCAGAAGGCCUUUGACAAAGGUGCCACACAUGAGGCUGCUUAGCAAGAUAAGAGCCCAUGGAAUUACAGGGAACUUACUAGCAUGAGUGGAGCAUUGGCUGAUCAGUGGAAAACAGAGUGCGAAAAAGGAAUCCUAUUCUGGCUGGCUGGUGGUUACCAGUGGACAUCCACAGGGGUCAGUGUUGGGACCGCUGCUUUUUACAAUGUAUGUCAGUGAUUUGGACUAUGGUAUUAAUGGAUUUGUGGCUAAAUUUGCUGAUGAUACAAAGAUAGGUGGAGGAACGGGUAGUGUUGAGGAAACAGAGAGACUUAGAUAGUUUAGUGGAAUGGCUAAAGAAGUGGCAAAUGAAAUACAAUGUUGGAAAGUGUAUGGUCAUGCACUUUGGUGGAAGAAAUAAAUGGGCGGACUAUUAUUUAGAUGGGGAGAGAAUUCAAAAUGCAAAGGGACUUGAGAGUCUUCGUGCAGGAUACCUGAAAGGUUAACCUCCAGGUUGAUUUGAUGGCGAGGAAGGCCAAAUGCAAUGUUUGCAUUCAUAGAGGUAUAGAAGUGCAGAGAUGUGAUGUUGAAGCUCUAUAAGGCACUUGUGAGACCACACUUGGAGUAUUGUGUGCAGUUUUGGGCUCCUUAUUUUAGAAAGGGUAGACUGACAUUGAGAGGGUUCAGAGAAGAUUCACGAGAAUGAUUCCAGGAAUGAAAGGGUUACCGUAUGAGGAACGUUUGGCAGCUCUUGGGCUGUGUUCCCUGGAGUUCAGAAGAAUGAAGGGGUUUCUCAUAGAAACAUUUGGAAUGUUAAAAGGCCUUAACGGAUUAGGUAUGGCAAAGCUACAUCCCAAUGUAGGGGAGUUUAGGACAUAAGGGCACGACUUCAAGAUUGAAGGACAUCCACUUAGAACAGAGAUGUGGAGAAAUUACUUUAGUCAGAGGGUGGUAAAUCUAUGGAAUUUGUUGCCAUGAGUGGUUGUGGAGGCCAACUCAUUGAGUGCAUUUAAGGCAGAGAAAGAUAGAUUUUUGAUUAGCCAGGGCAUCAAAGGGUAUGGGGAGAAGGCAGGGGAGUGGGGAUGACUGAAAGAAUUGGAUCAGCCCAUGAUUGGAUGGCAGAGCAGACUCGAUGGGCCGAAUAGCUCACUUCUGCUCCUAUAUCUUAUGGUCUUAUGGACAUUUUUAGAGUCAUGAGGUGAGCUGCUGCUCAAAUGAGGUGAGUGUACUCUGGUAAAUCCCAGGAGUUUAGUGGUGGAAGACUCGAUAAUUUUUGAAUAUCCCAAGAGUGCUGAGAUUCCUUUCUGGAUUUACACAGUGCAAGGCACAAGAAGCACAAAGGUUGCUUGCUAUUUAUCAAGCAAUGCUUGAAUAUUGACCAGUCUUCUUACAAGUAGGCAUGGACCAGUUUAUAAUCUGGGAGAUUGUAAACUAAAUUCAAUAUUGCCCAGUUUUCAGAAACUUUACUGUAAUUCUCCAAACGAAUAAUAGGAAUUAAGUUUGAAGCUAGAGUAAUAAUGAUGAUGAAAUAGAUCGAAACCCAGUACUGCAUCAGAUAGAACGAUGAGUUUGUUGAGGCCUGAGAGUGACCAGAGAAUAAGGUUUGUAGGACUGACUUUCACCUGCCAGCAGCUAAAUGGGGAAAUAUGGCAUCAUUUAGAGAUGAAAUUUGGACAGGUAGUGUGACACCACAUGGUUGAAGGGCAAGCCAAGGAUAAAAGUUAUGAUGUAGAGUUAAAUGUUAUCUUUGUUCUUGUAGAGGCAAAAUAUUUUGUUAUUCAACACUCAAAUGAAUCUACAUAGCUUCAGUUAAUGAUACAGAUUUUUCUUAGUGUAUCUGUAGCAAGCACUUAUUUCAUUCUGUCUCCUGUCUUUCUACCAUUUACUGUUUCCU